CACAUCACAUCCUCACACUCUCUCACAAAACUAAUCACAAAAGAGUAAAUUUGGUUCUUUAUCAAUCGCAAAUGGCUCGUACCAAGCAGACCGCGAGAAAAUCCACCGGAGGAAAGGCUCCGAGGAAGCAGCUGGCAACCAAAGCGGCGAGGAAAUCGGCUCCGGCGACCGGAGGAGUGAAGAAGCCGCACAGAUUCCGUCCCGGAACGGUGGCGUUGAGGGAGAUCAGGAAGUACCAGAAGAGCACCGAGCUUCUGAUCCGCAAGCUUCCUUUCCAGCGUCUGGUCCGUGAGAUAGCUCAGGAUUUCAAGACGGAUCUGAGGUUCCAGAGCAGCGCUGUCGCGGCUCUUCAGGAAGCUGCGGAGGCUUACCUCGUUGGUUUGUUCGAAGACACGAAUCUCUGUGCGAUUCACGCGAAGAGGGUUACGAUUAUGCCUAAGGACAUCCAGCUUGCAAGAAGAAUCAGGGGUGAGAGGGCUUUUGAUAUCGAUAUGGCUCGUACCAAGCAAACAGCUAGAAAAUCCACCGGAGGCAAGGCCCCAAGGAAGCAGCUCGCAACAAAAGCGGCAAGAAAAUCCGCUCCGGCCACCGGCGGAGUUAAGAAGCCGCACAGAUUCCGUCCCGGAACAGUCGCCUUGAGAGAGAUCAGAAAGUACCAAAAAAGCACAGAGCUUCUGAUCCGCAAGCUCCCCUUCCAGCGUCUAGUCCGUGAGAUCGCUCAGGAUUUCAAAACCGAUCUGAGGUUCCAGAGCAGCGCCGUCGCGGCUCUUCAAGAAGCAGCUGAAGCUUACCUUGUUGGGUUGUUCGAAGACACGAAUCUCUGCGCGAUUCACGCGAAGAGAGUCACCAUCAUGCCAAAGGAUAUCCAGCUGGCAAGAAGAAUCAGAGGCGAAAGAGCUUGAGAGACUCUUAUGCUAUCUAUCAAUCUGUUUCUUGGAUUUUAAUUAGUCUUUAGUUCAAUGUUGUAGUCCUGAAUGUGUUCGACGAAAUGUCCCAGUGAGAAUUGUUCUUGUUUAAUUUAACUUUAUUUUGCCCAUUU